ACAGACGCACACUGCUGCGUGACUACCGGACAAUACCGCCGAAACAUACCAAAAAUCGCGAAGUGUUGUGAACUUUUUAAUACUUGAAUUGUGCAUCAAAUUAAACAAAACGUGCUCGACAGGAUUCUGCCGAAGCCAGCAUGUGGCGGUCGGCGUCGACGGGCGGGCGGCUGGCGGCCGGCCUGGCGUUAGCGCUGUCGCUGGUGCUGGGGGCUGGCCGCCGCGUGCACAAGGAGCCCGAGCCGGACGCGCGGCACCACACCGACAUCUCGCUGUGGAUCGACGAGCGGCAAGUGCGGAUGUUCAGCGGUUUAUCGAUGAAAAUAUUCGCAAUAAUGGACGGCAAUGUGCAAUCUUACAUCUUAGACCCGAACUUCUCUCUCAAACUGCCCGUAAUACCAUCUGAAGUGGGUUACGUCAACUUCACGUGGAAGUCCAAGAAGCGAUACGAAUACAACUUCGAAACUCUCUCUUCGUCAGAUCUCAAUAUAAUGAAGCCGCCAGUGCUUUCUAUCAAAACGAGAGGGCGAGUGCCGAAAACCCCUAAAGAGUUCAGUAUAUCGCUGCCUUGCAUGGGUAAUGUUAGUGGGGUGGCGACAUUCGGCAUCAGCCUUGAGCUGAAGACCGUUCACAACAAUAUGUCUCUAAAAGGUACCCCCUUGAGGUUAAACCUAAAGAAGGAAUGCGCACAGAGAGGACCCGAUCCCGAGUGCGACAAGAAAUGUGCGAACCAGGGUUGGUGCAAUCACGAGAAGAUUUGCCAAUGCCCCGAAGGAUAUAUGGGGCAGCAUUGUAAGACGGCGCUGUGCUACCCGCAAUGUAUGAACGGCGGGAAUUGUACCGCGCCGGGGGUGUGUUCGUGUCCGCCGGGUUACCAGGGCCGGAAUUGCGAAGGGGGUUUAUGUUCUCAGAAGUGUCUGAAUGGCGGGAAGUGCAUUCAGAAGGACAUGUGUCAGUGUACAAAGGGUUACUAUGGGUUAAGGUGUGAAUUUUCAAAAUGCGUGAUCCCCUGCCUGAACGGGGGCCGCUGUAAAGGUAUAAACAAAUGCCGGUGCCCGCUUCGCUUCGCGGGGAACCACUGCGAGGUGGCGCUGCGGGGGGGCGAGUGUACUCGCACGUGCCGCCACGGCGUGUGCGCGGGCGGCGUGUGCGAGUGCGAGCCGGGCUGGCGGGGGAAGAACUGCAGGCGGCCUUACGGUAACACAUACAGCUGUGCUGCUCUAUACAGGGCGAGCGCUGCGAGUGGCGAGUGUACUCGCACGUGCCGCCACGGCGUGUGCGCGGGCGGCGUGUGCGAGUGCGAGCCGGGCUGGCGGGGGAAGAACUGCAGGCGGCCUUACGGUAACACAUACAGCUGUGCUGCUCUAUACAGGGCGAGCGCUGCGAGUGGCGAGUGUACUCGCACGUGCCGCCACGGCGUGUGCGCGGGCGGCGUGUGCGAGUGCGAGCCGGGCUGGCGGGGGAAGAACUGCAGGCGGCCUUACGGUAACACAUACAGCUGUGCUGCUCUAUACAGGGCGAGCGCUGCGAGUGGCGAGUGUACUCGCACGUGCCGCCACGGCGUGUGCGCGGGCGGCGUGUGCGAGUGCGAGCCGGGCUGGCGGGGGAAGAACUGCAGGCGGCCUUACGGUAACACAUACAGCUGUGCUGCUCUAUACAGGGCGAGCGCUGCGAGUGGCGAGUGUACUCGCACGUGGCGCCACGGCGUGUGCGCGGGCGGCGUGUGCGAGUGCGAGCCGGGCUGGCGGGGGAAGAACUGCAGGCGGCCUUACGGUAACACAUACAGCUGUGCUGCUCUAUACAGGGCGAGCGCUGCGAGUGGCGAGUGUACUCGCACGUGCCGCCACGGCGUGUGCGCGGGCGGCGUGUGCGAGUGCGAGCCGGGCUGGCGGGGGAAGAACUGCAGGCGGCCUUACGGUAACACAUACAGCUGUGCUGCUCUAUACAGGGCGAGCGCUGCGAGUGGCGAGUGUACUCGCACGUGCCGCCACGGCGUGUGCGCGGGCGGCGUGUGCGAGUGCGAGCCGGGCUGGCGGGGGAAGAACUGCAGGCGGCCUUACGGUAACACAUACAGCUGUGCUGCUCUAUACAGGGCGAGCGCUGCGAGUGGCGAGUGUACUCGCACGUGCCGCCACGGCGUGUGCGCGGGCGGCGUGUGCGAGUGCGAGCCGGGCUGGCGGGGGAAGAACUGCAGGCGGCCUUACGGUAACACAUACAGCUGUGCUGCUCUAUACAGGGCGAGCGCUGCGAGUGGCGAGUGUACUCGCACGUGCCGCCACGGCGUGUGCGCGGGCGGCGUGUGCGAGUGCGAGCCGGGCUGGCGGGGGAAGAACUGCAGGCGGCCUUACGGUAACACAUACAGCUGUGCUGCUCUAUACAGGGCGAGCGCUGCGAGUGGCGAGUGUACUCGCACGUGCCGCCACGGCGUGUGCGCGGGCGGCGUGUGCGAGUGCGAGCCGGGCUGGCGGGGGAAGAACUGCAGGCGGCCUUACGGUAACACAUACAGCUGUGCUGCUCUAUACAGGGCGAGCGCUGCGAGUGGCGAGUGUACUCGCACGUGCCGCCACGGCGUGUGCGCGGGCGGCGUGUGCGAGUGCGAGCCGGGCUGGCGGGGGAAGAACUGCAGGCGGCCUUACGGUAACACAUACAGCUGUGCUGCUCUAUACAGGGCGAGCGCUGCGAGUGGCGAGUGUACUCGCACGUGCCGCCACGGCGUGUGCGCGGGCGGCGUGUGCGAGUGCGAGCCGGGCUGGCGGGGGAAGAACUGCAGGCGGCCUUACGGUAACACAUACAGCUGUGCUGCUCUAUACAGGGCGAGCGCUGCGAGUGGCGAGUGUACUCGCACGUGCCGCCACGGCGUGUGCGCGGGCGGCGUGUGCGAGUGCGAGCCGGGCUGGCGGGGGAAGAACUGCAGGCGGCCUUACGGUAACACAUACAGCUGUGCUGCUCUAUACAGGGCGAGCGCUGCGAGUGGCGAGUGUACUCGCACGUGCCGCCACGGCGUGUGCGCGGGCGGCGUGUGCGAGUGCGAGCCGGGCUGGCGGGGGAAGAACUGCAGGCGGCCUUACGGUAACACAUACAGCUGUGCUGCUCUAUACAGGGCGAGCGCUGCGAGUGGCGAGUGUACUCGCACGUGCCGCCACGGCGUGUGCGCGGGCGGCGUGUGCGAGUGCGAGCCGGGCUGGCGGGGGAAGAACUGCAGGCGGCCUUACGCUUCAUCUGAAGAAUCCAGUGAACACAGAAGGUUUUGACAAAAUGAUUUUCCAAUGCAAGGGAAGUUGAAGACAAGCUUACUUAAUAAGUGAUAAUGUGAUUUCUUUAAUUUUAUUAUACUUUUAUGUAUAAUUUCUACUUCUUGUAAAUGUAAUAUUAAUAAUUAGUCAUUUCGAUUGUAAGGAUAGGUUAGACUUAUAAAAAAUGCAAUAUAAUAAAAAAAU